UUGCCGUCUACAUUUAAUACCUCGAAACGAGACAAGGCUUCCGCUUUUACCCUAAGCAGAGGUAGGAACCAGUAUUGUUUAGGCUGUACCGGGGAAUUUCGAGUUAGUGACGCGAUAAAUGAGUUGAACUGAAAUUAUCGUGUACACAAGGCAUGGAAGAUGAAACAUUAGUAACUGGAGCCUCUAAAGACAGCGAUAUAGAAUUAAAUGUUAACAGCAACAAUGUGUACAAUAAGAAAUAUCACGAUCCGUGGACAAGCAAAGGUGUUAGAGAAAUGGAGUCACAGGAGACCCCACUUGUAGAAGGAAACGGGGCAGGAAAAAUUUACAAGCCUCCUGGACGACAAGGAAGCGCCAGCUCGAGUGUGCCUCUAACCGGAGUUUCGAAACGCAAGGCCAGUGUUUAUCACCAAGAACCGCAUCCAGCCACUGCUUCCUUUGCAAUCAGCGUUUUCAACUUGAUGAAUGCUAUUCUUGGAUCAGGAAUUCUCGGUUUACCGUACGCAAUGGCGCAACUUGGAAUUGUGUUAUUCUUUAAUUGUUCUAUCUUGGCAUUGUUUUCCAUUCAUCUUCUUCUUAAACUGUGCGAUCAAACUAACGUGAAAGCUUACGAAAAACUCGGAUUCAUUGCAUUUGGACUUCCGGGAAGGAUUGUUGCUGCUUGCUGCAUUCUGCUACAAAACAUCGGCGCAAUGUCAAGUUACCUGUUUAUCGUCAAAUAUGAACUUCCGAACGUAAUAAUGACAAUCCUCGGGGUUGAACACGGUGACGGAUCAUGGUACUACAAUGGUGACAUUUUGGUGGUCGUGGUGACGUGUGCCGUAAUCGUGCCUCUGGCUAGUUUGAAAAAUAUCGGAUUUCUCGGCUACACAAGUGGAUUCUCAAUAUCAUGCAUGUUCUUUUUCACUGCUGUCGUCGUCGUGAAGAAAUUUCAAAUCACAUGCCCGCUUUUCAGUGAAGAUCUAUUUACUAAUGCAACGCAUGCCGAAUCAGUCAACACAUCCAUGACAAACUCGCUGGAAGAAAAAGCAACAGAAAUGCCAGAUUUGGCCGAACAGUUGAAUUCAACAAUGAAAAUUGUUUUCGAAACAGCGACAUCGUUCAUGAAUAUUGAUAGCGGACAUUCAAAUGCCACUGUAUAUGAAAAUACCGAACAUAUUCUGUCACCGAUAGAGGAAAAAGCAUUUCAUAUUUAUAAAGAGGUGGGACCACAGCAAUGUGAAGCUGAAGCAUUCGGAAUGACCGAUAAGUGGGCGUACAGCAUACCGACCAUGACAUUUUCGUUCGUCUGUCAUACAGCAGUUUUACCUAUUUAUGCUGAACUGAAAGAACCUUGUGCCUCACGAAUGCAGAACGUAUCAAAUACAUCUAUCAGCAUCUGCUUUAUUCUCUACUCACUGUCGGCUUUAUUCGGCUACCUGACAUUUUACAAUUGGAUGGAGCCCGAACUUCUACUCAUGUACAGUUAUGCUGACUCAGCAGAUAUUUUGACGUUGAUUGUUCGAGUUUGUGUUCUAGUAGCUGUGAUACUCACUGUGCCUCUAACACAUUUUCCUGCUAGAAAAGCGAUCACAUUCCUUAUUUUUCCGGAAAAACCAUUCGCAUGGAUCCGACAUUUGGGAAUCAUGGUGUUUCUUCUCACAUUCAUCAACAUAUUGGUCGUGUUUGUACCAAGCAUUUUACAAGUUUUUGGAUUCAUAGGUGCAACGGCGUCAACAAUGCUCGUGUUCAUUCUACCGUCCAUAUUUUACAUUCGGAUUGACGAGGUUCCGAUCAAAGAAUCUUUGGAGAAAAAGUUAUCGAUUGCACUCUGUACUUUGGGUUUCAUCGUAAUGAUACAGAGUCUUACAGUCAUCAUCAUUGGCUAUGCAUCUUGAAUUGGUGUCGAUAAAAAAGUUUAAAAUAGUUUUUAUGAUAUGAGAGACUUGACAUCGCUAAAUGGCAUAAACAGCUAGACUCAAUUUGCAAACGUCAUCUCAUUUUAUAUUAAUAUUAUUUGGCAUACGCGCGAAAUAAGCGCCAGAUGCAGUUUCCUGCUACUCAUUCAACAUAGCUUUCAUAUUUAUAAUCGACCAUGUGAUACAAUUUGAUUCAUUCAUUUGAUACUCCUAAUGCUUUGUGUAGUGUAACGAUUCUUUUUUGAGGUGCAAUAUUCCACUAAUUAAUAAUUAUUGUUCACGUCAUAAUUUUAAACUUAAAGUUUUGCCAAUAAAAAUCUAUAAAUCAUA